AUGAAAGUAAAGCCUCUUACGGACCCCGACGCUACUACUGGCGUUACCACAACUACUAAGAACACUUCUGUCUACUCCCGCAAUUUCCAACAGAACCUUGUUGAUAAUGAUGUAAGAUGCGUAUCAGGAAAAACUCCAUUCAAAAACCUGCAGUACCUGACGGAUGGGUCACUUGUUCCUGGCAAUCCGGACAUCUACUAUGGAGCACGUCCAGAACAACUCAAGCGACAAGUACGCGUUGAUCUCGGUGAAUACAUCGCCCCCACAACUCAAGACGACCUUCCCAUUGUGCCGAACUUCUUUCUGAAAGUAAAGAGGCCUGAUGGAUCUCUAGCGGUAGGAGUACGACAAGCAUGCUAUGAUUGUGCAUUUGGUGCGAUAGGCAUGCUUCACUUGCAGUCAUAUAUGCAAGAUAAGGUCUAUGACAAUAAUGCAUAUACUAUUACGUCAACUUAUCAUCAUGGUGGCACGCUACAGAUGUAUGCCAGCCAUCCUAUACAGAGUGAUGGCCCUUCGAGUCGUACCGAGUAUAUCAUGACUAAAAUUGGUUCUUGGUCUCUAACGGGGACUCCUGAGCAGCACCUGCAAGGAGUCGCUGCAUUCCGAAAUGCCGUCGAUUGGGCAAAGGAGCAAAGAGACAAGAUGAUCGAGAAUGCAAACCAUAGAGUCAAUGAAGCAGACGCUACUAAUCAAAAUCCUUCAGCUUUGGCCUCCAGCUUAACGACUGAAACCCCCAGUAUCGAAGCCGCAUUUUCAAUACAUUCUGAAUCGCAGUCUCAAACGUCUGUCACCACGCAGAAUGAAACUUCCACAAGCGAAACCACAUAUCAUAAGUUGGGGAUGCCAAACAAUAUGUCUACGAGAGAUUGA